AGAGGAAAGCCGCAGGUCAAACUAACUGAUCUCAGCACGCUAUACCGCACACUUCACCGGCUCGACCCAUUUCACUCGGCCAAAUAACCGGGCUCUGACUUCCACAUGUCCGGACAAUAGAUCCCCUUAGGUAGACCCGUUGAGGAGUCUGAGUCGCCCGUCGUCCCCUGCUGACCAUCCGGGAAUGACUUCCCCGCAAAGCUUAUUUGCGUAGACUCUGCCCCGCUCCCCUCCGCCCUGUUGACCCAUGGGCUCGUAUGGUUGACCAUGGCUGAUGGCUCACAUCCGUUUGAAGACGCCAAAGUAGACAACGGGACCAUGGAGGUGAAAGCUCAGAAUAGCAAUGGGCUCGCGCCUUCCGCCGACAUCUGAGACAGCAUCUUCGCCCAUUGGCUCAAGAGACGGGAGCCGGCAGUCAACUGUCUUGUCGAACUUGGCAUCGUCAAUCAAGCAUAUGCCAAGGCGCCUGGCAAGCCACAAUGGCGUGCUUGGCAGGUUCAAACUUCUUUUGGCAGCCGAGCCAAUUCCACAUGACGUCCUGUCAUCAACACUUCAACAGCAUUCGCGCCGCCGUCAAAAAGUCCGGCGCCGUUGAUCCUCCAUGCCCUACAUGCAGCCUUCUCGCCGGAUUUUGUGGGCUCCCCACAUUUGACCCCUCCUCAUGGUCACACUCGACGCGGUCGGCAAGUAAGGGGGGAGGGGGGAGGGGGGGGAGGCAUUCAUGGUUUACGAGAAUCGUGAUUUCAUCAGGCACUGCGUGAGCGGCAACACGCUUACCCUAAUCAUGUCUGACCUACCGCCCUACAAAAGAAUGCAGGUCUCUUCCCCGGUCCCCUGAGUUCCAGAUAAGACGGACACCGGUCGGUCUCAGUCCGAUAGUCCUGUCUUUUUCCCUUCCCCCACAUAUUUCUCUCUUCGCUUCCCUAACCGCACCCGCUACUUGACAAGAAUAAACCACAUUCAUGGAGUCAACGCAUCAGCCAGCUGAUCCCAUCGCCAAGGGAAUUCUUCCUACAGCAAAGCAAGGCGUAAGGGAUUUAUUCAACUUCAAGCAACGAAUCGUCGUCACAGAUCACCUUGGUCAUACAAGGACAGAAUGGGCGCGUCCGAUCCCUCUCAAGAACCCCAUCAGCCUGCUAGCCCAGUUAUCAGCGCGUGAUUGGCUCUUCUUCAUCGUCGGCUUCGCAGCCUGGACAGCAGAUGCCUUUGACUUCCACGCUCUUUCGAUUCAGCAAAAGAAGCUGGCUGAUUACUAUGGCACGACAAAGACCGAAAUAUCUACCGCCAUCACGCUCACACUGCUACUUCGAUCAAUAGGCGCGGCGAUGUUCGGCCUCGCUGGUGACAAGUGGGGACGGAAAUGGCCCAUGGUGUUCAACAUGAUUGUAUUGGGUGUGUUGCAGAUCGCCACAAUCUACAGCAGCACGUUCCAGCAGUUUUUGGCUGUCAGAGCCCUGUUUGGCUUGUUCAUGGGCGGAGUCUACGGCAAUGCUAUCGCUAUGGCCCUAGAGAACAGCCCAGUCGACGCCCGCGGCCUCAUGUCUGGAAUCCUCCAGCAAGGAUACUCGCUCGGAUAUGUGUGCGCUGCUUGUGCCAAUCUGGGUGUUGGUGGCGCGACGGAGAGCUGGAAGACAGUCUUUUGGAUUGCCGCCGCUAUUUCGAUCUUUGUUGGCCUCGUGCGUUGUCUCUUCCCCGAGUCUAGGCAGUUCAUCGAAGCUCGCGCUGCUGGCAAGGCGCAGGCAAACCCCUCUGCGUUCUGGAAGGAAACGCGGGUGAUGCUUGCGCAAGAGUGGAAGAUGUGCGUUUAUUGCAUCAUUCUGAUGACGUGGUUCAACUACUAUAGCCACACCUCCCAAGACAGCUACACGACCUUUAUGCUGACGCAGAAGGAGCUCGAGAACGCUGGAGCCAGUCGGGCAAGUAUCAUCAUGAAGGCCGGCGCUUGCGUGGGAGGGACCAUCAUCGGGUACAUCUCCCAGUGGUUCGGCCGCCGCAGAACAAUCAUCGUCGCGUCGCUCAUCAGCAUGGCGCUCAUCCCUGCGUGGAUUCUCCCCACAGAUGAAGGAGGUCUUUCAGCAAGCGGCUUCUUCAUGCAAUUCUUUGUCCAGGGUGCCUGGGGCGUGAUUCCCAUCCAUUUGAAUGAGCUCUCGCCACCUGCCUUCCGCUCAUCCUUCCCAGGUAUCACCUACCAGCUCGGCAAUAUGAUCUCCUCCCCAUCAGCGCAGAUCGUCAAUGCUAUAGCCGAGAGCACGUUUGUUGUGAGUGCUUCUGGGAAGAUGGUGGAAGCGUAUGGUCCCGUGAUGGGCAUCGCGACGGCGAUUAUCGCUUUUGGGAUCGCGACGUGGGUUGCGGUUGGGCCGGAGAAGCGCGGGAGGGAGUUCGAGAAGGUGUUGCCGGCGGGGAUGAAUAUUAUGCAGGAGGGGACAAGGGCGGAUGAUCUUGAGUCUGGGUCGGCGAGUAAUGAGGAGGGGAAGGGGGAGACUAGUGAGUUGGAGACGGUGCCGACUAAGGGGUUGAGUGAGAAGUAAGGGGGUUGGUUUGAGAUUGGGAGGCUGGUUUAUUGGUUGGAAACAUAAUUUUUGUGUGAUUGGCGGGUCGGGGACAAGGGGUUUCUUGUUUGGAUGUUAGAUUGACUGGUUUGGGUUGUGAAGUUUUUCUCUGGGAAGGAAGUUGGGGACUAGACAAGUCGUCUACCUUACAGUAGCAGGGCGUCAGUUACAUUCGUCAUUCUUGUAUCAAGGCCUGAUCGCACCCUUGAUAAUAGGCCCUUUUCUCAAUGGAUUUUUUUGGCUUGGAAAUGCACCACUUUUGGUCGAGGCUUUCCUGUGGAACCUACUCACUUGAAGCUAUUCCCAGUUUUUGCAACAUUUACCACACAGCCAAUACUGAGUGCAAUGAGGCGAAGAUAGUAUCAAAAUAUUCGCAAUUACUAGGCUUAAUAUAUGGCUAAUUCUGGUAUUUUGCUUUCAA